CUAACGGUGAAAUGAUUACACAUAACACUGUCAUUUUGUGGUAGGGUUUUUAUCUAAAGGAAGUCUAGCUUCCUCGUUCACGGUUUACACGCCCAAUAAUAAAUUUACAUAGUGAUAAUUCAAAAGUGUUACCACUUGAAAUGAAAUAGUAGUUGAAAAAUCCACUUAUUUUGUAUAAAUAUUAAUGAACAAGACAUGGAUGAAAUAGAAAAACCCACGAGUGUAAUAUUAUUUAGACAGUCUUCAGUAGAAACAAGAUUAACCCCUGCGCGUUUAUCUGAAGAAUUUGAUGAUGAAAAUGAUGAUGUUAUACCUAAAAUUGUUGGUGUCAAGAAAAAAUCACUCGAACCUGCUGAAGAAGACAAAAUUACUAAAAGUGGUAUGUCCAGUAAACCCCUGGUUGCACCGAAACCAAAAACUAUUUUGCAAGCAACAAUAAUGAGAAAAAAUACAGACGAUACCAAAAUAAUUGGUGAUAACGCUAAAAUAGAUAACUUUCGUGAUAAUCAAUCGCAGACAUAUCAAACUAAAGAUCAAUUUAAAAACGAAUUGAAUAAAAAAUUUCAAAAAAGUCCUAUAAGUCAAAAUAUUGAUAAAUUAAGUGAUAUAUUAAGUAACACUCAAACGGCAGAUAACAAAAACGAAGAUAAUAAUACGAUUAUAGAAAAUGAAAAACAAGAUCAUUUUAAGGACGAAUUGAGUAAAAAAUUGGGGGUUGGAUUGAGAAAAAAAUCUGGUCCAGCUCCACCUCCUCGGGUCAGCAGUGUCUUAAACGGCAAACAAGAAUCUGUGGAAGGAAACAUCAAUAGUGCCGAUAAAACUAAUACUAUGGAUAAAGGAAAUACCAGUAGAACAGAACAAUUUGAAAUUAAAUCAGAUGAUAAAUGGGAAUCUACUGAAUAUUCAGUUGGUACUUUGAAAGCCUUGAAAAAGAAGGAACCAGGCAUGAUGAACAAUGACAAAAACAACACAGUAGGAGGGGCUUACAAGGAAGAAAUGGCUACUCUACGACCGAAAUCUCCUCGUCCAAUUCCUUUAAAAGGUGAAAAAGAAGAAACAAUUUGGGAUAAAAUUGGUACUUUAGGACGUAAGAAACGCAUAAAGGAAGUUCAAGAAGUUCAGGCUGAAGGUAAAUAUGCAAUUGAUUCGCCUGGUUGCCCUACAGCUCCUAUUAUACCACCCGAAGACUAUAACUUAGAGGAUAAUGAAGAAAGAUGUAUGAUUGACCCUCGAGCUUAUGAGGAUCCAAAAUUCUUGGAUCUAUUGGAUGUUCUAAAAGAAUGGAUAAAUGACGAACUUGCUUCUCAAAGAAUUAUUGUUCAGGAUUUAUCAGAAGAUUUGUAUGAUGGCCAGGUGUUGCAAAAACUUCUUGAAAAAUUAACUGGCGAUAAGCUGGAUGUUCCUGAAGUUACUCAGUCAGAAGAAGGACAGAAGCAGAAGUUAACUGUAGUUCUUGAUCAUUUUAAUAAGGUUUUAGGUAUUCAAAGACAGUCUCAUAAUAAAUGGAAUGUGGAAUCGAUCCAUUCAAAAAAUAUAGUUGCUAUUACUCACCUUUUAGUAGCACUAGCAAGGCAUUUUAGACCUCCAGUAAGACUUCCCGAACAUGUUUCUGUGGAAGUGGUGGUUGUCCAAAAAGCCGAAGGGAAGUUGUGCCAUAAAACUGUAAGAGAAAGCUUAACAAAAACAUAUGAUGAUGUUGGUAUGAGGUGUGAAAGAGAUGCUUUUGAUACAUUAUUUGAUCAUGCUCCAGACAAGUUGCAAGUAGUUAAAAAGUCCUUGGUAACAUUUGUCAACAAACACUUGAAUAAGAUGAACUUUGAAGUAACAGAAAUUGAAAGCCAGUUUCAUGAUGGAGUAUAUUUGAUUAUGCUGAUGGGUUUGUUGGAAGGAUUUUUUGUGCCACAUUAUAGUUUUCAUUUGACUCCACACGAAUUUGAUCAAAAGGUUCACAAUGUCAAUUUCGCCUUCGAAUUAAUGGAAGAAACAGGUCUACAGAAACCUAAAGCAAGACCAGAAGAUGUGGUUAAUAUGGAUCUCAAAUCAACUCUUAGAGUCCUGUACAAUCUCUUCCUAAGAUACAGAACAAUAUUAUAAAAAAUUAACUAGUGCCUUUACACUGCCUUUUAUUGAAAUUAUUUACACUUUCUAUUAAUGUAUAUAACAAUAUUUUUUACUAAAUAUUGAAAUUAAUAUUUUGUUAGUGAGUUUUCAACCAAAUUAAU